AUGGUGAGCCGAAUGGGCUGGGGGGGGAGCAGGGGGCGGCUGAGGCGGUGGGGAGACCUGGGGCCCGGGUCAGUGCCCCUCCUCCCCCUGCCGCUGCUGCCUCCUCCUCCUCCUCCUGCGUGUCGGGGACCCGGGGGAGGAAGGAUGUCCAUCUUCUCGCUGUCCCCCGCCCCUCAUACAAGAAGCUCCUCCUCCUUCUGCCCGUCUGCUCCAGGGCCCCCCUGCCCUGUGCUCCAGAGCACAGGGGCUUCUCAGCCUUGCCACAGUGCCCUCCCCACCCCAGCCACCCCCCCAACACAGGCACAGCCUGCAAUGACACCCACCUCUGCUACCCCCUCCUGGGGAUCCCACUCCGCGCCAUCCCUGGCCUCGGCCACUCCCCUGCCCUCGCGCCGGUGCCCCCAGGACCCCCCUGGGCUGCGGAUAGGCCCUCUGAUUCCAGAGCAGGAUUAUGAGCGGCUGGAAGACUGCGAUCCUGAAGAACCCCAGGACUCACCCCUCCAUGGGGAGGAGCAGCAACCCCUGCUUCAUGUGCCCGAAGGGCUCCGUGGCUCCUGGCAUCAUAUCCAGAACCUGGACAGCUUCUUCACCAAGAUCUACAGCUACCACCAGCGGAAUGGCUUCGCCUGCAUCCUGCUGGAGGAUGUCUUUCAGCUGGGACAAUUCAUUUUCAUUGUCACCUUCACGACCUUCCUUCUCCGUUGUGUGGAUUACGAUGUUCUGUUUGCCAACCAACCAAAUAACCAUACAAAAACUCAGCCACUCCAUAGCAAAGUGACCUUGUCGGAUGCCAUCCUACCCUCUGCCCAGUGUGCCCAGAGGAUCCAUGCCAGCCCCCUGCUGGUCUUCCUCCUGGUUCUGGCUGCUGGCUUCUGGCUGUUCCAGCUGCUUCGCUCAGUCUGCAACCUCUUCAGCUACUGGGAUAUCCAGGUGUUUUACAGGGAGGCACUGCACAUUCCCCCGGAAGAGCUCAGCUCGGUGCCCUGGGCGGAGGUGCAGUCCCGCCUCCUCGCACUGCAGAGGAGCGGAGGGCUGUGCGUGCAGCCGAGGCCGCUGACCGAGCUGGAUGUCCACCACCGCAUUCUGCGCUACACCAACUACCAAGUGGCGCUGGCCAACAAGGGCUUGCUGCCGGCCCGCUGCCCGCUGCCCUGGGGAGGCAGUGCGGCCUUCCUCAGCCGCGGCCUGGCGCUCAACGUCGACCUGCUCCUCUUCCGGGGUCCCUUCUCGCUCUUCCGCGGGGGCUGGGAGCUGCCCGACGCCUACAAGCGCAGUGACCAGCGGAGCGCCCUGGCCGCGCGCUGGGGGCGCACGGUGCUGCUGCUGGCCGCCGUGAACCUGGCGCUGAGCCCUCUGGUGCUGGCCUGGCAGGUGCUGUACGCCUUCUACAGCCACGUGGAGCUGCUGCGGCGCGAGCCCGGAGCGUUCGGGGCGCGCCGCUGGUCCCGCCUGGCCCGCCUGCAACUGCGCCACUUUAACGAGCUCCCGCACGAGUUGCGCGCGCGCCUGGCCCGCGCCUACCGCCCCGCCGCCGCCUUCCUGCGCGCCGCCGCGCCCCCCGCGCCCCUGCGCGCGCUGUUGGCCCGCCAGCUCGUCUUCUUCGCUGGCGCGCUCUUCGCCGCGCUGCUGGUGCUCACCGUCUACGACGAAGACGUGCUCGCCGUGGAGCACGUGCUCACCGCCAUGACCGCGCUCGGGGUCACGGCCACCGUGGCGAGGUCUUUCAUUCCCGAAGAGCAGUGCCAGGGACGUGCCCCGCAGCUCCUGCUGCAGGCGGCUCUGGCCCACAUGCACUACCUUCCGGAGGAGCCAGGCGCUGGCGGCAGGGCCAGCGCCUACCGGCAGAUGGCGCAGCUUUUGCAAUACCGAGCGGUCUCUCUCCUGGAGGAGCUCCUGUCCCCUCUCCUCACGCCGCUGUUUCUGCUCUUCUGGUUCCGCCCUCGUGCGCUGGAGAUUAUUGACUUUUUCCAUCACUUCACUGUGGACGUGGCUGGGGUUGGGGACAUCUGUUCCUUUGCCCUCAUGGAUGUGAAACGUCACGGCCAUCCUCAGUGGCUCUCGGAGGGCCAGACGGAGGCCUCACUGUCUCAGCGUGCAGAGGAUGGGAAGACUGAGCUCUCCCUGAUGCGGUUCUCCCUGGCACACCCACAAUGGCGCCCCCCAGGGCACAGCUCCAAGUUCCUCGGGCAGCUUCGUGGCCGAGUUCAGCAAGAUGCGGCUGCCUGGGGCACCACCUCGGCUCGCAGCCCUCCCACCCCGGGAGUGCUCAGCAGCUGCACCUCGCCUCUGCCGGAGGCCUUCCUGGCCAACCUCUUGGUGCACCCCCUCUUGCCCCCGAGGGACUUGAGUCCCACAACCCCGUGCCCGGCUGCUGCCACAGCCAGCCUCCUUGCCUCCAUUUCCCGCAUCGCCCAGGACCCCAGCUGUGUGUCUCCAGGAGGCAGUGGGGGCCAGAAGCUGGCCCAGCUCCCGGAGCUGGCUUCUGCUGAGAUGGGUCUCCACGCCAUCUACCUGCACCAGCUCCAUCAGCAGCAACAGCAGGAAGUGUGGGGGGAGGCUGAAGCCUCAUCCCCAUCCCGGCCCUGGUCCAGCCCCUCCCAGCCAGCCUCACCUGAUGAGGAAAAGCCAUCCUGGUCAAGUGAUGGCUCCAGUCCUGCCUCCAGCCCCAGACAGCAGUGGGGGACCCAGAGGGCUAGGAAGCUGUUCCCCGAAGGGUUUCAGGAGACCGGAGACACCCAGAAGGAGCCUGGCCAGGCCCUUAGUCCUGAAUGAGAAGACUCCUCAGGUUCCCUGGCUUCUCCAGCCACAAGAGACUGCGCGGAGUGGCGCGGAAGGGCACAGCAAGCCAACUUGAGAGACCCCGGCUGAUGAGGGCCCAGGAUGCUUUCACUGGGAAGGACCUGGGGGUCAGUGAGGAGCUCGCCCCAGAGAUCAGAGAAAGGGUAGGAGUGAGGAUACCCACGUCCGAGAGGUGGUUCCCACGUGGAGGAGCUAAGGAGAUACCCGCCCCGCCGCCUCUCCCGGGGCCCAGCCAUCUUGGAGUGGGAACUUGGGAAGUCUCUGCGCAUCCUCAAGGUGGAAGGCAGAGGCCACACUAAGUGGAAGAGAAGGGGGCAAUGGGUUCUUCAUGCUGCCACUCCCUCAGGUUCCCAUGGGGACUUGGGAGUGGAAAGAGAGGGCCGAUGUUUUUGGACUUCAGCACUGGCCGAUGUCUGAGGAAGUGGGUGCGGCUCCUCUUCCUGUAUGAAACAAGCAGUAAAGAUUGCUCCUGGCUGCCUAGCACUUCUUUGGGACGUAGUCUUUGGCAUCCCCUACCCCUCUGCGGCUGAGGGCUGCACCUGUUUUCUCAGUCAAGA